AUGAGCCGGCGCAUGUGUUCGAGGCCUGACCGGACAGGCUGCGCAAAGAACACGACUCAGACGGUGCCGAUUGGUGGGCCCUUGGGGAGAGCGCUGAUAGGCCGAGCCGCACGCCCGGGCCGGGCAUGUCUGCGAGCGGCAGCAAGUGGCGCCAACCCUGGUCAAACGCCGCCAGGUCCGCCGCGCGCUCGCGGGCCGGCGGCAUCGUCGCAGCGGCCGCCGCGGCAUUCACGUCAAGACAAUUCGUGUGUAGUAGGCGCAGGCAGGGCCUAUCGUCUCACGAGGCCAGUGUCUGUCAAUUUCCGUGUCAAUGUCAGCGCCAGCGGCUGUGCGUGUAUGCCGGAGGCGUGCGCAUGGCUAAGUCAGACGGGCAGGCGAUGCGUCAUCCGAGGCAAACCUUUCAGCAGACGCCGUAGCGCCCGCCGAAGCGUAUGCAAAUGGGCGUACACACAAACAGUGGCGUGCCGGCUGAGACAACCGCUGAGGAGCCCGGGCCUGGGAGCGCGGUCGAGGCGAACUGGGAGCCUAAGCCAGACUAGACUGGCCCGACGUGGUGGCGGCAAAGUGCAGAGGAAAGGGAGGGGGAGGGGGAGGGAAAGGGCUGGGGGCGCCGGUGCAAACGAGCUUCUGCGAUGA